AUGACACCAACUACAACCAAGAACUCCAUAUGGUCGGAUCUGCCUCGUCGGAUAGCGACAAUCUGUAUUGGUUUUCCCAUAAUCUGGAAGAUUCUGUCCAAUGAAAAGCUCGCCUUAAUCUUCUUUGUCUGUGUCCACGGUCUUGUUGGAUGGGAGUUCAGCUUUCUGGAACCAAAGCAGGACAAGCCAGAGACACUUCCAACCAUGAACUCAAAGCUUUCAUUUUGUAUAAUGUCAUUGAGUGUUGCAAUGGUGCCUGUCGACUCUCUCUUUCAAAUGGUGCUUUGUGCCACUGUUGGGGUGCUCACAUGGUUGGAACGUCGCCAUUGGAUACUGGGACUUGUGCUCAUCACCAUUCCAUUCCGCACUUGGUAUUCUAUUUCACAAGAUUUUGCAAGUACGAUAUCAAUAUUAUUGGUGGUGUGGAACUGCGACUCUGGAGCCUUGCUUGUUGGUCGACUGGCCUCCAAGAUUGGUAUGCCGAGAAUUCCAGUCCCUCGGUGGAUUCACAAGAUAUCACCAGCCAAAUCUAUGGAGGGUUUCAUUGGUGGCCUUGCAGGUGGAACGUGGACUGCUGUUUCUUGGAUUCCACGUCUAGUUUCCUGGUUUGAAAUUGACACCAAUGAAUCAUUUGAUGUUUUGUGGAGUACGAGUCUGUCGCAACGAUUUGCACUUGGUUUGGCAAUGUCACUCAUGGCCAUAUUCGGAGACUUGGUCGAAUCUUCCAUCAAGCGACAAUCACAGAGAAAAGAUUCUGGUUCCAUCCUUCCUGGUCACGGAGGAAUACUCGAUCGAUUUGAUUCAUCUCUGUUUGCGGUGUUACUGUAUUCAUUUCUGAUGGACAUGGUCCAAUCAUCAUCCAAAGAUUGA